GCUAACUUUAAUAAUAAUCAGCAGUGAAAGAGAGAGAGAGAACUGAAUAGAAAUAUCAAAUAUCCACGUCCAGCCCCCAACUCCUAUUAUUUAAUCAUCGUUUAAAGCACCACACCCGCCUCUCUCUCUCUCUCUCUCUCUCUCUCUCUUCAGUAGUCAAAUGCUCCACGUGUCAUCCGUGCAAAAAAAGGGUCCCACCAUCCACCCAACAACCUGGGUAAACACAGCUGGUUCUUAACCCAAUCCACUCUUUCCUGGCUUGUUUCCUAUUUCUUUAUUUAUACGUCGCUUUCGUUUAACAUAGGUACGUAAAAGCCGUGGCUUUUUUUCCCACAGCCUGUCCUCAGUCCGUGUGCCUGUACGUUCUCCUUCUGCUUAAGGAACAUAUAUAUACAUAUAGUUUCUCACCUUUAUCCAAACACAAAACAACACUAUCUACUUCUAUUACACAAGCUCGCUAUACUUACUGAUCGAUCACUGCUGAGUGUUUUUCAGUAAGCUGCCUCUUUUUCAUUACUCCAACAAACAUUGAGAGAGAGAGAGAGAGAGAGAGAGAGAGAGAGUUCUACUUCAAAAUCAUAUCUCACCUGCAUACAUGGAUGUUUUCUCUCCUUAUAAUUCCCCAGACUCCGAGAGUAGUAGCUAUGGUCGCGGCCUGAACUUUUCCGACGAGGAGCUUCUGUUGGCUUCCAGGAAUCCGAAGAAACGUGCCGGCAGGAAGAAGUUCAAGGAAACCAGGCACCCAGUGUACCGGGGUGUCAGGAGGAGGAACUCCGGCAAGUGGGUAUGCGAGGUGCGCCAGCCCAACAAGAAGUCCAGGAUAUGGCUGGGGACGUUCCCCACUGCCGACAUGGCGGCGCGCGCUCACGAUGUCGCAGCAAUAGCGAUGCGUGGUCGGUCUGCUUGCCUUAAUUUCGCAGACUCGGUGUGGAGGCUGCCGGUGCCAGCGUCCGGUGAUGUGAAGGACAUUCAGAGGACUGCUGCAGCGGCGGCGGAGUUGUUUCGACCGGCAGAGUCGUUGGACGGAUCAACAUCGCCGACGGAUGAAGACGAGAGGGAGUGGCCGAAGAGUAUUUUCUUUGAUGAGGCGGAGUGCGGGAUGACAGUGUGGAGGCUGGUGGCAGAUAUGGCAGAGGGGAUGCUUUUGCCUCCACCCUUUUGUGCGGGAAAUGAUUUUUAUAUUAAUGACGUGGAAGAUUCAGCUGACGUGUCAUUAUGGAGUUACUCCAUUUAGUUGUUUCUGUUUUUAUAGUACCAUAAUUUUUAAUAGUUAUAUAUUUUUAAUAUUAUGCGGUGCGCAUUUGAGUGUAUAAUGUUCGAAAAUAGAAUAGAUACUUGAGUGAGACCAUUAAUCUGCACUUUAUAUAUAUAUAUAUAUAUAUAUAUAUAUAUAUAUAUAUUUUUUAUAGAGUGCUGAUAAUAGUUGUGUUCUAGAGAGGGGGGAUUUGUGCAAAAAUGCACAAUCAUGAAAUGCAUUACAGGUAUAAUCUAUAUCCUGUAUGUAACCAAGUAGCAAUUUUAUGUCAUUAACAUUU